CCCACUUCGACGUGGACAAUCGGUAGCCAUGGGUCAAGGGCAAUCCACCCCUCCCGUCUCCAUCGGUAUGUGAGCCACCAACGCUCCAGACGGCGAAUCUACUAACCCACCCGACAGAGGAGCUCAACCGGGAUCUCGUGAAUAAACUCCUCGAGAAAUGCUACUCCCCCAUAGAAAUAUACUCUUUCAAGCAUGUCUUCCGCUCCCUCGCCGACAGCGAGAGCGGCCUGCGCUACUGGACCGAGAGCACCCUCUGUCGCUUCCUCGAGCUGCCCGACGCGAUCGGCGCGGGCCCCGUCGUCUAUCAGAUGGCGACCUAUCUAGGCGCGUUCCCCUUCCCCAGCCAAGCGCCGGCCAUCUUGACCAACGACGCCUUGCUGAAGGUGGUGACGAUCUUGACCGGGAGAUAUGAAGCGGUCUUGCGGAAGGGGAGGGAAACGUGGGUGAGGGAGAUCUAUCGGAGCCUGGCCGUCCACGACCGCACGCUGCGGCAGAAAGAGUCGCGAGGCGGGGAGAGUCCGACAGAGCGAGCGGACGGAAAGGGGUUCGCCGUGGAUGAAGCGGCGGAUGACGAUGAGGAUGGCGAUGACGAGCUGGUCCUGUCCGCCUUCGAGACGUUGGAUGCGAUCGAAGCCUUCGGACACGGCGAGAGGGUGGACGUCCACCACUCGGUCAUCCCGAGCGACAACCUGCUGAAGCUGAUCGAGCUGCUCAUCCUCGCAUCCCCGAUGGGCGCGCAGGAGAAACUGUCGGCGAUCACGUCGGAGCUGACGGACGCGAAGGUCAGUGAACUGCGAAGGACGGCCGGCAACAUCUUGGCUACUUUCGGCGUGGAACAGAGCCAUGGCGUGGCGUUCAAGACUUUCCACGCCGUGGUGAUUACGUCCCUUCCGUACCUGUUCGACGGGCUGCGGCCAUUGUUCGAGCAUUUCCUGUUCGACAAGGACUUCGACCUCUCCAAGCGAAAGAUGUCGGCGUCUUUGACCUCCGAGUUGUCGCCGUCUGUCUCGACGCUACUGUCGACGCCGCUGUCGACACCGUCCGAGUCCAUUAUUGCAGAGAAACCCACGCCGCCAGAGCAGGAGCCGGCUCUACUAGAGCCAGGAGAGAUUCUUGAUCUGAAUACAUUGAGUCACCUGUCAUUCUUCCUCCGUCCCUCCCCGUUUCGCCACGUCCAUCCGCUGUACGCCGGAUCCCGCGCGGGAUUCAGCAUGGGAUCGUUUGAGAAAUGCGUCUUCAAAUACCCCGGACCUACGAUUCUCCUCUUGCGAGGUGAAGUGAUGUCCGCCAGCGAAAUGGCCAGCACCGGGAAUCCCCGAUUACGUACAUUUACCGACUCCAUCCCCCCAUCACGCCUCUCCUCGUCGAUCCCCACAUCCUCCCAAUCGUCGACCGUAACCUACGGAGCAUACAUCCCCUCACCAUGGAAAUCGACACCAUCGGCAUGCUUCGGCGAUUCUAGCACCGUUCUCUUCCAACUCUCCCCACGGCACCUUCUCUUCCCCGCCUCGACUCUCUCCCCGCAUUAUGUCUACUGCAACAAGAACCCCACGACGUUCCCCGGCAUCGGAUUCGGCAGCCCCGCCCCCGUCCGCAGCGCAUCCCACAUCCACGGCGUCGACCGUCGCCACAGCUACUCCGAGCGCCGCACCCUCCCGCUCGGCCCCGUCAGCCUGCACCUCGAAGACGGCCUGGAGUUCGCCGUGUUCACCCACGAUGCCGAGGGCGGCGGCUCGUUCCUCCCGUCGCCGAUCGCCGGAUUCUCGGCGCACCACGCUGCGGCGCAGCCGAGUGCGCGCAGCCUGGCGUCGUGGCAGGACCGCAUCGAGAUCACGUCGCUGGAGGUUUGGGGGCUGAGUGCGGCGGGCGAUGGGACGGAGGCGGAGGAACAGAGGCGGGCGUGGAAAUGGGAGGAGCGGGAGGCGGAGCGGCGGAGGAGGAUUAAUCUUGGGACGGGGGAUCGGGAUGCGGAUUACGAGCUGUUGAAGAUGGCUGGGCUGGUGAGCGGGGAAUACAGCGGGGGAAGUAUGUGAUAAACGGGAUGGGCGGGAAACAUUUCCUCUUACUGACGAGCCAGUCGACGGGAUUGCUGUCGUUUGGAUGGGCGUUCAUGGAUGCUUUGGACGAAAAAGGAGGAUUUAAUGCGUCAUGAGAUUCACAAGAUAUAGUAAUACAUGCGUCGUCCUGGGGAUGCUUCGCUAUAAUACAAGAGGUUCGAUA